CCUCAGACAUCAGAAUCCAAAGUAACUGACAGUCUGAACCGCCAGCAUCGCCGGGAGAGAACAUGGCCUCCAGCUCGGAGGAAAACCUCUCGUGUCCCGUUUGCCAGGACAUUUUCAAAGACCCGGUCAUCCUGAUGUGCAGCCACAGCUUCUGCCGGGCCUGCCUCCAGUCGUGGUGGGCGCAGCAGGAAACACAACCGUGUCCGUGUUGCAAGAGGAAGUCAUCGAAGAGCGAGCCUCCUUGCAACCUGGCGCUGAAGAACCUGUGCGAGGCCUUUCUGCAGGACAAGGAGCGGCGAGCGGCAGCAGGGUCCGAGCACAUGUGCAGCCAGCAUGGUGAGAAGCUCAAGAUCUUCUGUCUGGACCACCAGGAGCUGAUCUGCUUGGUCUGUCGGGACUCCAAGACUCACAGCAACCACCGCUUCAGACCUAUCGACGAGGCGGCCCAGGAUCUCCGCCGGCGGCUGCAGAGAGGCCUGAAACCCCUCCGGAGGAAGCUGACGCUCUUUCAGCAGGUGAGGGGGGACUGCAUCUCCACGGCAGAAUACCUCCAGGUCCAGGCCCGGGACACCGAGAAGCAGAUCCGGCAGGAGUUUCAGGAGCUUCACCAGUUCCUGGAUCAGGAAGAGAAGGCGAGGGUGGAGGCGCUGAAGGAGGAAGAGGAGCAGAAGAGUCGGGCGAUGAAGGAUAAGGUGGAGGCUCUGACCCGGGACAUGGACGCUCUUUCAGACACGAUCAGAGCGAGGGAGACGGAGCUGAGAGACGGAGACGUCUCGCUGCUGCUCAACCACAAGGUACUGACCGGGAGGGUCAAGCAGGGCCCGGUUCUGCAGGACCCGGUGCCGGUUCCAGGGGCUUUGAUAGAUGUGGCCAAACAUCUGGGCAACCUGACCUUCAACAUCAUGAAUGAGAUGAAGGACAUGGUGAACUACAGUCCUGUGAUCCUGGAUCCAAACACCGCCGACCCAGAGCUCGUCGUGUCGGACGACCUGCUGAGCGUCACGUUCGGGGGGUCGCGAGAUCUGCCGAGAAACCCGGAGAGGACCAGGUUCCCCGGCACCGUCCUGGGCUCCGAAGGGAUGGAGUCAGGGACUCACGUGUGGAUAGUGGAUGUUGAAGGCAACGCUGACUGGGAGCUGGGAAUGCUGGAAGACGAUGGUGGCGACACAGCGGAGCCGCGGCGGUGGAGGAUCUCACUCAAGGACGGUAGAUACAAGGCGUUGGCUGGAUCGGGCUCCGAGCAAGACCUGCAGGCGGGGGCGCCCCAGACGAUCGGGGUUGGUCUGGACUUCGACAAGGGGAAGAUGGUGUUUUUGGAUGCUGAAACAAAGACAGCCAUCCACACCUUCAUGCACACGUUCACGGGCACGCUGUUUCCUUACAUGUACACUCGGGGCUCAGAACCACUGGAGAUCCUGCCACAAAGGUUGCCAUGACGAUUUAGGCGGGUCGGGACAUCGUGGGGAGACCAGACCCUGAACCCUGAGACGAGUCAACAUCCACUGGAAGGUCGUAUCAUCGUCUGGCUCGUUUGCAUUUGACAUUCUUGUCUGACUUGUUGACUCUGACUGGGACUCGUUCAGCUCCAGCGUGUCUCAGCGUUUCAGUUCCAGAUUAAAAUGUUGGCUGAUCUGUGAACGUGAAUCCAGGAUCGAUGCUUCUGGAUGAUGAUCUAACAGUAACUCAGUGUUGUUGAUAAUGAUGAUUGAUCAUGUGAUUGGUGACGGAUCUUGGUCUCAGAUAAAUAUUGAUGACUGGUGUGUGAUAAACAAGCAAAGCCACUCUAUGUAGAAAUACCACGUCUGACCUUAUGGGGACAGCGAUCAUGAGAGGAAGUCGUGUUACAAGACAGGUCGGACCAGACGAGAGCUUGAAAAGCCUGUUUCCUUGUUUUCUCGUUUCCUUGUUUUCUCGUUUCUUUGUUUCCUUGUUUGCAGCUUUGUUGGAAGCGAGAGAAAGAACAGGUCUGGGAGGACGGUUGGGACACGCCCACCUUGUGUCAAUCCCAGACCUGUUUUAGCUUAGCUGACCUGGCUGGUUGCCAUGGAAACACUGUAACUAUCAGAGCUACCCUGGGACAAAGGUUGGGUUGCAGUCGGGUCCGCCUCCCGGUGGCUGAUUGGCUGGAAGUGUCCUGAGAUGAUCGGCUGAUCGGCUGAUUGAUCCCCACUCACCAGUAGAUCUAGAUCUCCCCCACCUGGUCAGAUGUGGUACUGCUACGAGAAGAGUCUUAAAUGCUGCCGGUAAAACUUGGGGGUUGAGGGAAAUAAAAUCAAUAUAGAAUUUUUUUAUUUUUUAAACAUAAAAGAUGUAUGCUCUUUAAAACUGCCGUAAUAAUAUAAUUUACCUUUUUUGUGAGAUGAAAUUCACUUUGACUUUAGACCGCAGGGAGUUAUAUAUAUAUUUGGUAUUUGGAGCUAAUUGUUUUUGCACUGAUUUAUAAAGGUUGUGGAUGAAAUAAAAUAAAUGGAAACAUCUUGAUCAGGAGUAUGUUGAUUAUCUUCAACUAUCCAGCUAACAACAAUAACAACUGAUAACUGACUUCACGUGUGUUAAUAGCUCAAUUGUAACUAAGACAAUUUCUUUAAACACGCAUCAUUAUUUUGUUUGUAUCAAUCCACCUGUUUUAUGUAUCACAGUCUACAGGCCACCCAAGCCUCCUUCCUGUUUUAUUCAAGAGUUUUCAGAAUUUUUAACAUCAAUAUAUUCUGAAUACCAUUUUAAUAACUGGUGAUUUUAACAUGUACAUCGAUGACAACAG